AUGGAACCACCGCCAUUACUCCUCCUCACUCUCCUCCACCUCCUCCUCCUCCUCCUCCUCUCCUCCACCACCUUCUCCGCCACCACACCAACCUCCCUCCCCCCAACUCCACCCCCUACUCACUCUCCAACCCCCACCACCACUCCAACUUCACCAUCCUCAAGCUCAAGCUCAUCUCUAGACCCCAAGCAAGUAAGAGCACUCCAAUCGCUCAACAUCCCAACUUCCAAAGACCCAUGCACCCAGCUCCACUCCAACACCACCCUCUGCGACGCAGCCAAGCCCUUCCGCCACCUCCUCUCCCUCACCCUCGCCAACUGCUCCGACGACGUCGCCCUCUCCUUCACCGCCCUCAAGUCCCUCUCCACUCUCCAAUCCCUCCACUUCCUCAACUGCCCCAUUGCCCCUAUCCACAUCCCCUCCGAUCUCGUCUCCUCCCUCCACUCCUUCUCCGCCGUCUCCUCCCUCCGCCGCCUCACCGGCGUCUGGCUCGCCCGCCUCCAGAACCUCACCGAUCUCACCGUCUCCUACGUCCAAGUCAUUGCCUCCGGCCCUUUCGUCAUUCUCGGCAACUUGAAGAAGCUCAGGUCCGUCACUAUCUCCCACGCCAACCUCACCGGAAACAUCCCCAAAUACUUGAAUCUCAACUUGACCCACAUUGACUUUUCCGGUAAUAAACUCCAUGGCAGAAUCCCCAGCUCCGUUACUCUCCUCGAAAACCUCGAAAGCUUGAACCUCUCAUCAAACACGCUAAGUGGUGAGAUACCCACUUCGUUCGGCGACCUCAUUUCUCUCACCAAUGUCUCUCUGUCUUCAAACUCGUUAUCCGGGCUCAUACCCGAGUCCAUUUCCGCCAUUCCGGGUUUAGUUCAUCUUGAUCUCAGUUCGAACCAGCUCAAUGGUUCGAUCCCCAAGUUCCUGUCGGAUAUGAAGAGUUUGAAGCACUUGAAUCUCGCAAACAAUAACUUCCAGGGUGUCGUGCCUUUCAAUGUGUCGUUUAUAAGUAAACUGGAAGUGUUCAAGAUAAGUAGGAACAGCAACUUGUGUUACAAUCAUUCGGUUCUUUCGUCGAAAUUGAAGCUUGGGAUUGCUCCCUGUGAUAAGCAUGGACUGCCAAUGUCGCCGCCUCCGGCGAAAGAGGACAGUUCAGCGGAUGACAGCAGUGAUUCGGAUUAUGAUGACAGUGAUGAAGAUAGUUCGAGUCAGAGUGAUCAUCAUCAUGGGCCAAGUAAGGUUGUUCUUGGUGUGGCAAUUGGGCUUUCUUCCAUUGUGUUCCUCAUAAUUUUCUUGAUUCUUCUAUCAAAGUGGUGUGGAUGAAGUUGAGGUAAUUGAAUGAAUUGUUUGUUGUGAUUAAUUUCAUUGUCUUAGGAGUUUAGAGAUUAGGCAGUAAAGAUUGAAUUUUUGAUUUAAUUUAUUAUACUUGGUGAUGAGGAUGAAGAGUAGAUGAGAAGAGAGUUGAGAGAACAAAAAGGAGGGAGACUGAUCAUUAAUUUGGAGUGUUCUAUUUUUAUCACUUCUCUGAUGGGGUUGUUGCUGGAGGAAAAGAGCAGCUGGUUUUCCAUUAUUACCACUUGAAUGUAUUAUUUCUUUGCCAUCUAUGUAUGUAUUUUUCUUCAAUCACAAGCAUUUACUUUCUGUUCUUUUCCUUUCCCUUUUUCUCAAUUAAGCUUUCUUUUGAGUUUGCUUCUUCUAGCGUGCAAGUCAUUAUAGGAAAAAUUGAAAAAUGAAGAACUUCACCAAUGAGAUUCAGA